GGAAGCUUACAUUUCGGGGAGAGAUGGGUUUAUUUUUACUAUCUUUUACCCUGGGGAAGGUCUGAGGAUGUCCGAUUGCCCAAUAGGAUUGGGGUAGGCGAAAGCUUACACUACUUAAUAGAAAUUCAUCCGAGUGAAUCAUUUUUAAAAUGGUUUCAUGGAUUUGGGAUGGGUAGAGGACUUUUAAGCAUCAGUGAGAUAUGUAAGGGCCUUUAUAGGUUAACUCAAUUCAGACUACUCUCCUUUGUAUUUUUUAUUUCUUUUAACAUUAUUUUAUUUUCUAUUCAUUUAUUUAUUUUGAUUUAUACUUUUAUAUUGUUAUUUCAUGUUCAGUCUUUUUCUUUAGUAGAGAGUGAUCGAUGUAUUUUCAUUUGUUUAUUAUAUUUUAAAAUUAUUCAUGUUCUCCUUUUUCUUAUUUUUUUAUUUUUUUUAUUUUUCACUUCUUUAUUCUUCUUUAUUCUUUUUUCUCUUUUUUUUUCUUUCUUUUACUUCUGCUUUUAUUCUUUUAUUUUAUAUAUAUUCUUUUAUUUUAUCAUUAUGUCUUUGAUUACUUUGAUUACUCUUUUAUUUCUUUUCAAAUUUUACCCUUCUUUUUAUUUGAACAACCAUUUAAUGUAUCUUUAUUUCUUUUUAUUUUAUUUCUUUUGA